CUUGCUGGAAGAAGUCACAUUGUUUUAUUUUUAAAUAUUUCAAGUUAAAUAGUGACUGGGGUUUAUAGUAUAGUUUAUGUGAUAGUCUGUAAGACAUACUUUAUGUCAUAUAAUUAAUGAGUGUUUAUGAGAAAUUAAUUUAAUAUUAAGAAUGUAUAUCUACCUGCUAGUUAUUAGCGUGAUCACUUGCUUUUUCACGUGGCUCUACCUGAAAUGGGUGUCAGUGAAGAACUACUGGGCAGUUCGUGGGGUGCCGUAUCUACCACCCAACCCCAUUCUUGGCAGCCUCAACUUUCUGCAAAGAUAUAAUCCUGGUCUGUGGCUGCGACAGCUGUAUAAGCUGAACAGUCCUUACGUAGGGAUUUGGUUCCUCUGGAGACCAGGUCUAGUUGUCAACUCACCGGAAAUAGCUCGGAGGAUACUGGUCAAAGAUUUCGCCAACUUCCGGAACAGAUACUUGAGCUCAGGAGAAUCUGAUCCUAUAGGAGGACUGAAUUUGUUUACCGUGAAUGAUCCUAUUUGGUCAUCCCUGAGACAACGUUUAAGCGCCGUAUUCACAGCGGCAAAGCUGAGGAUCCUGCAAGACUACAUCAAACAAAAAGUUAGGGAACUCGCGCAGAGGAUUCGUAAUGAUAGAGAGAACCCUAUUGACCUCAAAGUAAUGUAUGUGGAUUUCACGACCGACGUCAUUGGCACGUCAGCAUUCGGAGUGCCAAGCGACGCCACGCUAACAGGCAAGGGUCCGAUGAGGUCAAUCACCUACGAUUUUGGCAAGUUUGGCCUCAUGCGGGGUCUGACCUGGUGCAGUAUAUUCUUCUUCCCUGAUUUCGUCGACUAUUUCAGGUUAAAGUUCUUCCCAAGAAAAUCACAAGCGUUUCUGAAAAAGAUGUUUAGGAUAAUCGUUAAAAGCCGAGAAGAAAGCGGAGACAAUCGAGAAUCCAAAGACUUGCUCGACGCUCUGAUCAAACUCAAGAAGGACAAGAUGGAUAGUAAUGAAGAGGUUUCCGAAGACUUGUUGCUAGCGCAAGCGGCAAUUUUCCUGCUUGGUGGGUUUGAAACUUCUGGGAGUGUUCUGUCUUGGGUCACUUACGAAAUGGCCUUUAACCCUGACCUACAGGAUAAACUAUACGAAGAGCUGAAAGAGGCAAAAGAGCGAAUUGGGGACAAGGAUUUUGACACACAAUUGCUCACAGAGUUGACUUAUCUGAAUUGUUGUAUAAAAGAGGGUCUUCGCAAGUACAGUCCUAUGGGUUGGCUAGACAGGAUCGCCAUAGCAGACUAUCAGAUCGACGACAAAGUAACAGUCAAAGCUGGCAUGCCGGUGUACGUCAACAGUGUUGGCAUGCAUUAUGAUCCUGAAUACUUCCCUGAUCCAGAAAAGUUUGACCCUGACAGAUUUUUGCCAGAAAAUGAAAAGGAUAUUAAACAGUACACGUACAUGCCUUUUGGAGAAGGACCGAGGUUUUGUAUAGGGUCCCGUUUUGCACAGACAACAUUGCGACACGCGCUAUCAUCAGUGUUCCUGAACUUCAAGCUAUAUCCGGUGCCCGGUAAGCCGAAGCCGAUAGAGGUGAAGGCCGACAAUCGAUGCGUGCUGUACUUGCCUGGAGAGCCUCUUUAUGUUCGAUUUGAGCCUAGAAAUUAAGGAAUAUACCUAGGACCAAUCAAUUUAGCUCACUCCUUGUUUUUUACUUGAUGAUAAUAUAUUUUUUAUUU